GUCAGGGAACACAACAAAAAACUAAGAAAAGAUUCAAAAAAGAAAGGAGUUGGCAAAAAAGUGAAAAGGGAUAUUGGAGUUCCCAACAAAGCACCAUUCAAAGAGGAUAUUCUGAGGGAAGCAGAACAGAGGAGGUCAAAGGUGAGGCGAUGAACUGUUUUUGGGAUAGCGUCCAGGUACAUGUGUGGGCUCAUCGCUUUCAUAUUUUAGCGGGCAAAAUAAUUAGGUCUACGAUAAUUUUGUUUUUUAUCUCUCUCCAACCCAGCUUGAAGAAGAAAAGGAGAAAAAGAAGCUUGCCAAGCAACAAGAACGGGCUCAGAAGAGGAAGAAGGAAAACGCUGCCAGCAGUGAUGCAGACCCUAAAGCGAAGAAAGCUAGAAAGGUAAAAGAAAAGGGUGAAGUGCAUCAAAGAUCAUGCCCUCAGCGUAGCUUGACACUAUUUUAACUCCACAUUUUAACUCCACAGGAGUUACCGUCACAGGAGGACCUUGUGAAACAGAUGGUGAAACAGAGUGACCCAAGGAAUUCGAAGAAGCACCUUUGUUCAGAAUUAAACAAGGUGAGAUUAUUACAUCCACAUGUGUCUGUUGGCAUUAAGUCCCAGAUAAGGAAACAAUAGCCCUUGUCUGGCUGAGUUGCUCUGCAAGACAGAAGCUGUCAUGAAGCCAUGCCCUACCUGAGUGUCCCAGUUACUCUCAUAUUUACUCCAGGUGAUCGAUGCCUCUGACAUCAUAGUGGAAAUCCUAGACGCAAGAGAUCCCCUUGGCUGCAGGUGCCCACAGCUAGAGCAAGCUGUGCUGAAGAGGGAAGGAAACAAGAAGCUACUAUUCCUGUUGAACAAAAUAGGUAAUAACCUUAUGGAUAACAUUAUUUUGUGUCAAUUCUAUUUUUAAGGUUUUUACAUCUUUAUUCCAAAAGUAGUUAAACUUUAAUACCGUAAAUUACAUUUUCCAACCCUCAGAUCUUGUCCCUAAAGAGAAUGUGGAGAAGUGGCUGCAGUGUCUUCAGCUUGAGUUCCCUACUGUGGUGUUCAAGGCAUCCACACAACUACAGGACAAAACAGUGGUAUGUAAAUGAAAUACCUACUAUUUGAAUGGGAUUAAUUUCACUGACUACUCGGGGGGGGGUCCAUAUUGAUGACCAGCUUCAGUCACAUGCAGAAUGUAGAAUAUGGGUCAUUACUGUGUAGACUAUUUAUUAGAAUGUUGAUAAUUAAUGCAUUUACAUGUACAUUUUUUUUGUUAAACAGCAAGAGAAGAAGGCCAGGUUGGCAACUCUUAAUGGAGUAGUAGACCAGACCAAAGGAGUGGCCUGUUAUGGCAGCAGCUGUCUUCUCCAGCUCCUGGGAGACUAUGCAAAUGCAACAGGAAGAGAAGGCUCACUAAAAGUGGGCUUAGUCGGUAAGGAAGUUACUCCCCUCACCAUUACUCAAACAUGAACAGCAUAUUUUCCCUUGAUUAGUAUGGCUCUCAAGUGGUGUUAUUAAAGGGUUGUGGAUGAGAAAUGAUGAGGAUUUAUGUGAACUACUGAUGUCUGUGAAGACUAAUAAUCCAACUCUGAUCUCAUCCAUAGCAAACACAGUGCCCUGUUGGCUACCCUAUGUCCUAUCAUGUCUGAUCUGUCUUACUUGUGUUCUUUCAGUUUUAUUUGAUCAAUUAUAUCAUGACUGCAUGCACAAAUUAGCCCGUUAUAUCAGGACCCCUUGACAAUGAUUCAUCUUUAAGGGUUUAUCCUGCACAGUAUAAAUACCUGUUGUCUAUUACUUCCACCUCUGAUGCCCUCCUCUGUCCCCUCAGGGUUCCCCAACGUGGGGAAGAGCAGUCUAAUCAACAGCCUGAAGGGGAUGAGGGCCUGUAAUGCAGGAGUCCAGAGAGGGAUCACCAGGUGAGUGAAGCUGAACCAUUUUAAUAAUUCAUGAUAGAGAUGGGGUCCGUUUUAGUCAAAGAUGGUGAGGAAUUGAAUGAAGCAUGAUGAAGUUGAAGAUCUGACAAAACCGUGGAGUCUAUAUUCAAUCCAACACUGAGCUUCAUACACUUCAUCUGGGUCUUGCCAAUUGGCGCAGAACAGGCCAAAACACUUGGCUACGUCUGUUUACCUGAAUUUGCUCAAUGCAUGAGUGUUAUUGGAAGCUUCCCACCUAACACACCUGAUGUCUGACCCUUGCAGGUGCUUCCAAGACGUCCACAUAUCUAAGAAUGUCAAAAUGAUUGACAGCCCAGGGAUAGUGGCAGCCCAGUCUAACCCAAAAGCUGCCAUGGCCCUGAGGAGUCUCCAGGUGGAGGAUAAGCAGGAGACUGUUCUAGAGGCCGUCAGGACCCUGCUCAAACAGUGCAACAAGCAACAGGUGAGACGAGGGAGAUCCCUGCUACUCACUGGUGUAAGGACAUUUUACUGCCACGUUUGAGAUCAAGCCCUAGCUCUGCUGAGCCUACUGAUAGGUAAUCAUGGACUUUGUCUUUUAGGUAAUGCUUCAGUACAACGUUCCAGACUUUAGAAACUUCUUGGAGUUUUUAUCCUUUUUUGCCAAGAAGCGUGGAUUUUUGCAAAAGGGUGGAGUCCCCAACACAGAACUGGCUGCCUCUACCUUCCUCAAUGAUUGGACAGGGUGAGUGUUGUCAUCGUAACAAUUUGUUACCAAUUAAAGUAGUCAGACUAGCAUGGAAAUUAGGAUAAUUAAUGCAAUUCUUGAAUUUAAGUGAAGACUUCUAAUCCAACUCUGAUCCACUGCUGAGCCAGACUGAGUACCUUGCCUGGAAUCUAGAAUGCAUUUUUUAUUUGUAUUUCAGGGCAAACGCUUAAUUCCUGUUACAUUCCCAUACAAGUGUGUUGAUCCAGCUGCUGAGCCAGACUAAGUACCUUGCCUGGAAACUAGAAUGACAUUUAUUUAAUUUGAUAUAUACCUAAAAAUUCGAUAUUUUCAGUGCAAAGCUGAGUUACCACUGCAAAGCCCCUGAGAAGCAAAGCCUUCCCCCAUACCUCUCUGAAGACAUUGUAACAGAGAUGCAGAAGGGGUGGGACUUGGACAAGCUGAGGAAGGGCAACGAGGAGACUCUAAGAAGUAUGUUAAUUUAGUAUUUUCUCUAAUAGAAUUGUCUCAUUUUACGGUAAUGAGUGUUGUGUGAUGAUGACUGACCCACUCUCCUUCCAGGUGUAAAGUUCCCAAAUCGGGCCAGCAGCAUUGUCCUCCUGUCUAAAUGCCCCACCGCCGGAGUGUUGAGUGAUGUUGUUGAGGACAAACCUGCUCCAGAGCCCACUGAGGAAGAUAUGGAGGGUAGCUGUGAAAACGAAGAGGUAGCUGAAAAUCUUUCAGUUUGUUUCUAACCUGAUGAAUCAGAUAAAAGUAGGGUCAGUCAGUCUGUGCUAUCAUGGAAAUGAGGAGAAAAAACGCAAGUCUGAUUUUAAAGUGAAGACUUCUAAUCCAACUCUGAUCCCCUGCUGAGCGAGUACCUUGACUGUAAUCAACAAUCAAAUGCAUUUUUUGGUAAACAGGGCAAAGCUGAGUUACUACUGCAAAUACUUUUCCAGCAUUUGUAAUACAAUAUCUUCCUCUUAAUUUCAGGCUGAUGGGGUUGAAGAGGUGUCUGAUGCAGAGGAAGUGACUGAGGAAACAGAUGAACCACAGAUGAAGACACCAGUCACAAGUAAAUAAAUAUAAAAGAGAACCAGCUUCAUUCCUUUUACAUUCCUAGUUAAUGUAGUGUCAGUCUGUGUGGAAAUGAGGACAAUAACACAAGUCUGAAUUUAAGUGAAGACUUCUAAUCCAACUCUGAUCCACUGCUGAGCCAGACUGAGUACCUUGCCUGGAAUCUAGAAUGCAGUUUUUUUUUGUAUUUCAGGGCAAAGCUUAAUUCCUGUUACAUUCCCAUACAAGUGUGUUGUCAAUGUCACUUAAAUUAUUUAUCCUUUGCAGAUGAACAAGCCAAGGUGAGGUUACAGGUUCCUGUCCCAGUCAACAUUGACCUCUCCUCAGUCCACACAGAUGAUGCCUAUGACUUCAAUACAGAUUUUAAAUGAACAUCUGUCCUUUUUGUUUCUCAAAACUGUACUGGCUCUACCUGCACCAUCUGUUCUGUAAACCUGUGUGAUGGAAAAUUGUAUCUUGGUUACAGGCUAUUCGAAUCAAGUGACUGUUUAAGGCCUCUGUGGAUGUAACCUGUAUGAGUUGGUAAAUGUUUUGCCUUUUGAGUAAAGGACCAGCGGUAAUGUUUAUGAUCUGUACAUGUUCAAUGUGAAUUAUUGUAUAUAACCUGAACACAAAUAAAUUGAUCCAUAAUUUGCCCCAA